UCUGGGCAUUUCUUCUUCUUAUUCUGACAAAUUAAAUCACUCCCAUCAGCCCCUUUUCUUUUCAUUUAGGGUUUCUCUCUCUCUAGAAACUUCCCCCUCUCUCUAGAAGGAUUGUCCUUUACCAUCUCAUUUCUCGAACCCAAAGCCCGGUCCUCGCGUCCUGCACAGCUCAUUUGUCAAUUUCUGAGCUCCACCCUGCUUUAAUUUCACCGCCGUUUGUGCUCGGUUUUUACCUGUAGUCGGUGAUUCAAGAAAAUCGAUUGCUUCCAUGUGGGAAUAGCAGUGACGUGCUGAGUAAUGGCGCUUAGAGUUCCAGCUCCCGAGGCAGCUGAGAUUGCAAUUGGGGCAAUAGGGCGUGGAUAUGAUGUGGCAAUUGAUCUAAGAUUGAGGUAUUGUAAAGGGGAUCUAAAGGGUCCAUGCUUGAUCGAGAUUGAUGAAGAUGGGGGUCGAGAAAUCAUUUUGCCAGGUGGGAUUUCAAUUCCGAAUGUGUCCAAAUCGAUAAAGUGCGACAAGGGGGAGCGAACCCGGUUUAGGUCUGAUGUUCUGUCAUUCCAGCAGAUGUCAGAGCAGUUCAACCAGGAAUUGUCUUUGACUGGAAAAAUUCCCUCAGGUCUUUUCAAUGCCAUGUUUGAAUUCUCAAGUUGUUGGCAGAAAGAUGCUGCCAACACUAAAACCCUUUCUUUUGAUGGAGUGUUCAUUACGCUCUAUACGGUUGCCUUAGAGAAGUCUCAGAUGGUACUUCGUGAUCAUGUUAAGAAGGCUGUCCCAUCAACAUGGGAUCCUGCUGCAUUAGCAAAGUUUAUUGAGACAUUUGGCACUCAUAUCAUUGUUGGUGUCAAGAUGGGUGGGAAGGACGUAAUAUAUAUGAAACAACAACAUUCAUCAACUCUUCAACCAGCUGAUCUACAGAAGAGAUUAAAGGAGAUGGCAGAUAGGAGGUUUUUAGAUAUGAAUGGACAGUAUGGCAUGGCUUCUGAGCAAGUAGACCAGAAUAACAAGCUUGGAAUUAGGGAGCAGAGGCUAAGGUUUGCCGAUACCAAUCCAUCAAGCUCGUAUUCUCACAAGGAGGAUAUUGUAAGAAUUUACAAGAGAAGAGGUGGAUGGGAUAAUGGGAUCUUAUCCCAUACUGAAUGGUUGCACAGUGUUCAAUCUGAGCCUGAUGUUAUCUCAAUGUCCUUUAUCCCGGUUACCUCUUUGUUAUAUGGUGUCCCAGGGAGUGGAUUCUUGAGCCAUGCCAUAAAUCUCUACUUACGAUAUAAGCCUCCAAUUGAAGAGCUACACCAGUUUUUGGAAUUUCAGCUGCCUAGGCAGUGGGCACCAGUGUUCAGUGAACUUCCCUUGGGGCCACAGCGGAAGCAACAAAAUACAGCUUCAUUACAGUUCAGUCUCAUGGGGCCAAAGCUUUUUGUGAACACCACUCCGGUUGAUGUGGGCAAGAGACCUGUGACUGGCCUUAGGCUUUAUCUAGAAGGUAAAAGGAGCAAUCGCUUAGCCAUACACUUGCAGCACCUCUCGUCUCUUCCAAAAAUCUUCCAACUUAAAGAUGAUUCAAAUGGUAAUGCCAACCAAGAAUCCUAUGAACGCAAAUACUAUGAGAAAGUUCAGUGGAAGCAUUUUUCUCAUAUCUGCACAGCCCCUGUCGAGUCAGAUGAAGAUCUUUCUAUAGUAACUGGAGCUCAGUUACAAGUUAUGAAUUCCGGGUUUAAAAAUAUUCUCUUUUUGCGACUUCGGUUUUCAACUGUGUUGGGAGCUGUAUCCGUGAAGCAACCAGAGUGGGACGGAUCGCCAGGGUUGGCACGCAAGUCCGGCCUCAUAUCAACCUUAAUCAGCCAUCACUUCACAUCAGUGCAGAAGCCACCUCCACGGCCUGCUGAUGUAAAUAUAAAUUCAGCUGUAUACCCUGGUGGUCCUCCUAUGCCAUCUCAAGCCCCUAAGCUUCUCAAGUUUGUGGACAUAACAGAGAUGACUAGAGGGCCACAAGAAACUCCUGGCUAUUGGGUUGUUUCUGGGGCAAAACUAGCAGUCGAGAAGGGCCGGAUUUCUCUCCGGGUUAAGUAUUCGUUAUUGACUCAGGUAUUAUCUGAUGAUGACGAUGAUGUCGAAACAGAGCACUAAAGGAUUUUGUACUCCCCCUACGAUGAAGACAAAAUACAAGUCCAAAAAUGAAUCGAAACACUGGGAUUGGAAGUGGUAGGAGGUAAAUUGUUGUUGUAAAAGCGUGUUCACCACCAAUUCUUUUGCCUGUAAUGUAAGUAUGCUUCCGCUGUAGAUUCAUCAAUUGGCGAGUUCAAUAUGGUUACAAGUUCUUUAUUAGCUAGGGUUGGCAAUCAGACUCAUCUGUUGUAUGAUGAUUAUAGUUAUUAAAUGUAGCCUGGCUUAGCAGGUUGAUCCGAU